AUUGUCUCCAGCGAAACCAAACAAUGACAAAAAGACAUUAUCGCAGGACAAGUUUGACGAGUAAGGUGCAGCAGCAGCAGCAGCAGCAGCAGCAAGGUGUGUCAGUUUCCCACAGCAGUCAUGGAGGAAAACUUUAAAACAGCAGCAGUCGAUGCGACAAAGCUCAAAGAAAGACCAAACAACAAAUACCUCAGCGACUUAUACGGUUUAUACAAGCAGGCCACAGUUGGUGAUAAUACCUUAGACCGUCCAGGGAUGUUUAACAUCGCUGGUCGAGCGAAAUGGGAUGCAUGGAUACUAAAGAAAGGUCUGUCCAAAGAGGAAGCAAUGGACGCCUAUGUUAAGUUGGUGGAGGAGCUGAAAGGAAUAUACGGGAUGGAUUAAAAGGGGCUAUAUAUUUAUUGUCCACAAAAGUGGAAAUUUGUUUUUGGCUUAUCAAACACAGGAAACAUGAACAUAAAAAGCAGACAAGCAGUUAAUGUAACAAACACAGACAAGGUCAUAUUACAAAGAUACAAAGUUCAUGUCAAUAUCUGUAACUUUAUACUCUAUGACUGAUUCUUACAGUGUGUUGCACUUUAAACCUCACAUUUCUCAUUUUGUUCUUAAUAGAAACUAAAAACUUUGGAUGCCAUUUAGACCUGACUUUACACGCUGCUGCACUCUUUGGCACUGUGAUACCAUGUAAGACGGAGUUGGAUCAAAUGCUGUUGAGUGCUGCAGUUUGGAGUACUUUGUGGUACUUGACAUUGAUUAAAACAGAAAGGAAGAGCAACAUUUUGGGAAAUGCACAAUUUGCGUUCUUGCUGAAAGCAUCUCUAUAUAUCUGUGAAGCGAGAGCCAGCACGCCUCUGCCCUCAGUUAGUAUAAAAAGUGGAAGCAGGGGGAAACAUGCAGCCUGUCAAGGUAAAACACCUGUUUCCUUCUGCCUCCACCCUGUAUGCUGAGCUGAACAAAUCGCCUGCAGGCUCUAGAUUCAUAUUGACCUCACAACUCUCCUCAAAAAAGCAAAUAAAUGUGUCUCCUAAAGUGUUAAACUGUUCUGUUAAGUGCAACUACAAUGUACACUUUCACAUAAAUCAUUGUGAAUAAAGACAAUUUGUAUACAUGA